CGCAAGGCAGACGUUAGCAAGUAGCGACAAAGCGCGAGGACGGGGGUGGGAAUUGUUUAAUUUAAUUUCAUUUAAUUUUAUUAUUAUUAUUUUCAGCUAAAAGAGUGGGCAAAGAAACCAACUAAUUGCUGCUUGAAAGAACGAUGGCGUCGAGCAAGGAGCAAGUUUGUCGCCAGCGUCGACAACUGCAAUAUGCUCCGACGGUGCGACACAACCAAGGCGUCCAGCAACUGAUUGGUCAGCAGGAAGAACUUACUUCCAGUGUGGAGCGGGAGGAUCCACAUGUGAAAGAAGAAGAGGGGGAUCCAGAGAACCCCCAUGUCAAAGACAAAGACAAGGAUCCGCAGUCCCCCCAUGUUAAGGAGGAAGAGGAGGCGUUUGAUGUCAGCCAGUUGCUACUGACUGUCGUCUCUGUGAAGAGUGAAGACGAAGCACCCAAGUGGUCACAGUGUCAUCAUCACAGUCCCAGUGGAGACCACGGUGGAGAACCACCCCCAGACAACCGCUUAGCGCCACUGUCAGACAGUGACGACAUGGAAGAACCUUUGAGGAGCGACGCAGACUGUGAAAGUGUUGACAAACAGUGUAAAAGAUCUGAAAUGGAGACAAUUCUCGGCAACAAGGAAACUUCACAAACGCGUACAAAACGUACUUGCUCAGUUUGUGGUGAUAGUUUUGCUAGUCAUUUGAUUAAACACAUGAGAACACAUAUAAGAGAAAAACCUUUUAGUUGCUCAGUUUGCGGUGAAACAUUCUGUCCAAAAGAAAGUUUGGAAUUACACACAAGAACACACACAGAGAAAGAACACUUUAGCUGCUCAACUUGUGGUAAAGAGUUUACAAAAAGGUCAGAUAUGAUUAGACACAUGAGAACACACACAGGAGAAAAACCCUUUAGUUGCUCAACUUGUAGUAAAACCUUCUCUCAAAAGUCAAGCAUGGCGUCACACAGGAGAACCCAUACUGGAGAAAAACCCUUUAUUUGCUCGACUUGUGGUAAAACAUUCUCCAGAAAGAAACAUGUGGAGUUACACAUGAGAAUACACACAGAACAGCCCUUUAGUUGCUCAGUUUGCAGUAAAACAUUCCAUCUAAAAGAAAGAAUGACAUUUCAUAUGAGAACACACACUGGAGAAAAACUAUUUAGUUGCUCAGUUUGUGGGAAAGGGUUCAGUCAUAAGUCUGAUAUGACUAAACACAUGAGAACGCAUACAGGAGAAAAACCCUUUAGGUGCUCUACUUGUGGUAAAACAUUCAUUCAAAGGACAAAUAUGGUUAGACACAUGAGAAUACACACGGGAGAAAAGCCCUUUAGUUGCUCAGUUUGUGGUAAAGAGUUUACUAAUAAGUCAGAUAUGGUUGUACACAUGAGAACACACUCAGGAGAAAAACCCUUUCAUUGCUUAGUUUGUGGAAAAGGGUGCGCUCAUAAAUCAAGUAUGACCAAACACAUGAGAACACACACAGGAGAAAAACCCUUUAGAUGCUCCACUUGUGGUAAAACCUUCUCUCAAAAGUACAACAUGGUGUUACACCGGCGAACACACACAGGAGAAAAUCUCCUUUAGUUGCUCAGUUUGUGGUGCAAGCUACUGUAUGCUCAUCCAAAAUGUUUGGCUGCACACAUAGGGAUGGGCACAUGCAUGACAAAAGAGAAUAAAUGUUUUACAGUAAUCCCUUGCAAUACAGCAUCGUCUGAAAAAGACCACACAUUGUUUUAUUGUUCUUCUAAAGAGCUGUAAUUACUGUACAUUUAGUGCAGAUCACUUAAAGGGGUAUUAAAAAAAACAACAAAUUAAGGUAAAAAAAACAAAACCAUUUCAUUUAUGUCACUACACUUCCUGGUCAACUUGGGGUAACCUAGAGUCCGAAGUGCAGGGGCUAAUGUGGUUGCAAACCACAUACAAGGAGGAGUCAAGUCAAGUUUAUUUGUAUAGCCCUUAAUCACAAAAGAGUGUCAAAAGACUUCACAGGCCCACAGUUGGCAAUGAUUGACGACCUCCCCUAACCUAAACUUCCCAAUCGGGCAAAGAAAAACUCAAAACCCCGUUUGGGGGGGAAAAAAAACUUGAGAAGGGAUCACGUUUUUUGCGAAGAUACCAUCGUGGAGCCACUCGAAGAUUUCAUUGACGGAACCUUCGAUCGCUUCGUCAUGCAAGCUAAAAGGCUAACUCGUCCACUCGCACUGAAGAUCUACUACCCAGUUUACCCAACGCCCAUAUUCAAGUCUUCUCCUCCAUUACAAGAAGAUAUCACUUCUCAAUCUCUUACACCAGGGGAUUAUCAUCUAUUCUGACAUUUCCGAAAGUACGCCUAAUAAUCCAGAGGCUCAAAUCAAAAACUUCAUGUCAACAGCGCUGAUAAUCCCAAAGGAGACACUCGCCAACAUUACCUUCCACCGAGUACACAGACGAGGUGGACCUCGAGCAGGGAAUCAUCCCCGUCCAGUCAUUGCAAAAUUCGAACAUUCCCAGCAGAAAGUCUUCCUAAAGUCGAAAGGACGGGAGCUGAAGGGUCCGCAGUUUGGGAUGAAUGAGCAGUUUCCACGCAAAAUCAACGAACAACACAAAGUCCUGUACCCUCUAAUGAAGAACUACUGGCAACAAGGAAAACGUGCCUCACUGGUUGUGCACAAACUAUACGCAUACGAUCAACUAUUUCGCGAUUCCAAAGUCACGCCUUGGCUCUUCUAAUAAAUGAG